GGGCUUGGCGUGCACCGUUAUGGUAACAGCUCCACUUUUGUCUCGGGCCACCGGACAAGAAGCUUCCUGUGCUGCUCGAGCGGCAGCCGGCUGUCCUUUCACCUGGUAACACAGUAUGGAGGGCUACAUACUUAAUGAACAUUGUUGGAGGGAGCCUGAGAUCCAAGAUUUCCAUUUCCAACGACUGCUUCUCCGUAAUUGUUGUGCAUAUAACAAUAAAUUACUUGAACUGAACCAUCAGAACUGCUGUUGAAGUGUGUGUGGCAGCUGGGAGUGUCUGCAGGCACUGACUGGUUCCUCUCCAGACCAUCCCAUUCAUUAAAGAAAGUUUAUAGCCUGCAGACACACUCACUGAGAGAGCCAGCCGCCGCUUCACCCGUCUCACAUGAAGACAGAGAAGAAUUGGAGUAACACACCUGAAGGCUUCAAUGGAGAACAUCCAGAACCAGGAGGCAGAGGACGGCUCUUACCUGUGUUUCCAGAGAACUCCGUCUCUCAGACGCAAAUGGAGGAAACGUUACGGCGGUCUGGACGGCAACAAACUGCUGGAGCCCAAUAAAGACCCAGACAUGAAAGAGGAUGGAGGGAUGACAGACGAGAGUCAGCAGAGGAACACUGAGAACCAGGAUGUAGCACCUCGCCCAGCUCCCAGGAGCCUGAUCCAGAACCAGGUCCAGACUGCAGUCCAGAGUCCGGUCCAGAGGCCUGUAAGCCUCGUCAGUCCUGGACCUGCAGUGGUCCCGGUGUCAGCCACUAAUGGCGGCCUGAAGCCUCCUCUCCCCCAGGCGGUGGUCCAGCCCGAGGACAGAGGCUACCCCCUCUCCCAGCCCUGGUUCCCCCCCCAGCAGAGUCCGUCCAAACGCAGAGCGGCUGCUGAUGUGCUGUUUGACAGCUUCGCUUCAGAUGGAAAAAUUAACAUCAACCAGUUCUUUGAGGCCAUCUGGAGCUCCGGGCUGCACAGGUCCGACCCUCGUCUCAGAGAGUGUUUCUUUCACCUGAGGAAACUGCAGGAUGCCGAGGGAUCCGUGGAUAGAAACACCUUCCACAGGUGCAUCACAGGAUUCGUCUCUCUGAUCCUGAAAGCUCUGCAGGGCCGAUUCGUCAUCCCAGAUUUUUCCACCUUCACCGAAGAAACUCAGAAGUUGUUUUCGAGGUGUCGUCAGCUGUCGUCUGUCCAGGAGAAAGAGAAAGAGACCAUGGACAGCACGAAGUGGGGCGUCUCAAUCUGCACUGUGGAUGGACAGAGGUUGUCUCUGGGCGACUGGGCCGGCUCGCUGGUUCUGGGUGAGGUGUCAUGGCCGCUGGUGUAUGGCGUGGCGGUGGACCUGCUGGGCUCUGACCUCGUCCACAGAUACGUUGGCGUGGAGGCGUACUCCAGACACGACUCUCCGUUCACACUCACCAAAACAGGAAUCCCUCACAGCCCGCUCACUGAGACGGGAGCCAUCGUUACUACGUCUUUACUGCAGCUGGCGGGGCGGCUGUGUGCAGAGGAAGAGGAGAAGUACGACUCGGUGCUGAACGUCAUCCGAAGGCUCUGCAACAAGGAGCACGCCAGCUUAAACUGCACCAGUUAUCAGAGCAGCAGGAAGGCCAGUGUGAGACUCCACUCCCUGUCCUUCUACCUGCAGGAGAAAAAGUGUUUUCCAGACAAGGCGGACAUUAAUGCUGCUUUGGAUCUAAUGCUGCAGUGCGCCUCAACUGAGAUCACCUGUGAAUCAGGAGCUGCCAUGGCUGCCUCGUUAGCCAACGGGGGCCUCUGUCCACUGUCAGGUGACCAGGUGCUGUCUCCGGCGGCGACGCGGAGCAUGCUGUCUAUGAUGCAGGUGGCGGGGAUGAAAGAUUACUCCACCACCUUCCACUACAAGACGUCGGUACCGGCCGUGUCUGGCAGCCAUGGCUCCCUGCUGGCGGUGGUUCCUGGUGUUCUGGGUCUGAUGGCGUUCUCUCCGGAGACGGACGCCUGUGGAAACCCCUGGAGGGCCGUCCACUUCUGCCAAGAGCUGAUUUCCACAUUUCAGCUGCACAGUUUUGACAUCAGGACUCCGUUCAGACAGAUUCUGGCCUACAGACAGUGGAAGGCUGAAUCUGAGGGAUACCAGAUCAUGAACGUCCUGCUGGCAGCUUUCAAAGGAGAUGUCCAGGCCCUGAGGAGGUACUUCCUGUCUGGAGCAGAUGUAAACGCUGUCGACUACGACGGCAGGUCGGCUCUGCACGUGGCGGCUGCCGAAGGUCACGCAGAGGUCAUCCGCUUCCUGCUCCAGAACACCGGAGCGAACCCCGCCCUCAAGGACAGAUGGGGGAGCUCUCCUCUGCAGGAGGCCAGGAGACACAACAAGGACGCUGCCGUCCAGCUGCUGCAGGGAUCCGUCUGAAUCUGACCUUUGACCUGUUAGACAAACGUUAUCUGAUGAAUAAAAUGGACAAAAUAAAUCAAUAAACCUGCUUCUUUAUACAGCCAGUGGUGGAAGAAGUACUCAGAUAUUUUACUGCAGUAAAAGUACUUAUACCACAGUGUAG